AUUGAAAGUCCGCGAAUAGACACAUACACAGUAUCGUCCAUCAGACUCCUUCAUCGACCAUAAUACCCGCCCGUCUAGUCUCAGGGCCAACCACAGGCCCGCUGUCAAGACGUUUUCCAACCUCCUUAACUCCGUCCAUCACCCGUUCGCCGGCCGACGCACCUCUCCUGCGGGGAGUUCGUCGGAUUUACCCAUAUCCAAGUAAACCACUUUCGAGUACAAAGUUUACUACACUCGAACUAUCUCAAUAUGGCACCUCACGCCGAAGCUGCUAACGGCCACGCGAACGGGAAUGGAUCCAUCGUACCUGUACCUUCUCCCACGACCAACGAUAUCUUCGUCGUCAACUCUCCCAAUGUCACCUACACCGAAACGGAGAUCACCAGCAAGUACACCUACCGGACCACGGCCAUCAGCACUGGAGCGGAUGGCAAAUUUGUCGCUACUCCAAAGGAGACAAAGUACGACUUCAAGACCGAACGCAAGGUCCCCAAGGUCGGCAUGAUGUUGGUCGGGUGGGGCGGCAACAACGGGACAACGGUCACCGCCGGUAUCAUUGCCAAUCGCCGUGGGCUUGUCUGGGACACUCGUGAGGGACAGCAAUCUGCCAACUACUAUGGCUCCGUCAUCAUGGGCUCCACAAUCAAGCUAGGCACAGACUCCAAGUCCGGCAAGGAGAUCAACAUUCCCUUUCAUGAUCUUCUGCCCAUGGUCCACCCCAAUGAUCUUGCCAUUGGCGGCUGGGACAUUAGCGGCAUGAACCUCUCUGAUGCUAUGGAUCGCGCUCAGGUCCUCGAGCCGUCCCUCAAGAGCCUUGUCAAGAAGGAGAUGGCCCAGAUGAAGCCCCUCCCCAGUGUCUACUACCCGGACUUUAUUGCGGCCAACCAGGAAGAGCGUGCCGACAAUGUCCUUUCUGGCACCAAGGCCUGCAAUGCACAUGUCGAGCAGAUCCGCAAGGACAUCCGUGACUUCAAGGCUGCCAAUAACCUCGACAAGGUCAUCGUCCAGUGGACUGCCAACACCGAACGUUACGCCGAGAUUAUUCCCGGUGUCAACGACACUGCGGACAAUCUGCUCAAGGCCAUCGAGCAGGGUCACGAGGAGGUGUCUCCUUCGACCGUGUUCGCGGUCGCAUGUAUCCUUGACAAGGUCCCGUUCAUCAACGGAUCGCCCCAGAACACGUUCGUGCCUGGCGCCAUCGCACUUGCUGAGAAGCACGGUGCCUUUGUCGGUGGAGACGACUUCAAGUCUGGCCAGACCAAGAUGAAGUCUGCACUGGUCGACUUCCUCAUCAACGCCGGCAUCAAGCUCACGUCGAUUGCCAGCUACAACCACCUCGGAAACAACGACGGCAUGAACCUGAGCUCCCACAAGCAGUUCCGCUCCAAGGAGAUUUCCAAGUCCAACGUCGUCGACGACAUGGUCGCAGCCAACACCGUCCUGUACAAGGAAGGCGAGCAUCCCGACCACACGGUCGUCAUCAAGUACAUGCCCGCGGUCGGUGACAACAAGCGUGCGCUCGACGAGUACUACGCCGAGAUCUUCAUGGGCGGCCACCAGACGAUCAGCAUGUUCAACGUGUGCGAGGACUCGCUCCUCGCCUCGCCUCUGAUUAUCGAUCUUGUCAUUGUUGCCGAGAUGAUGACGCGUAUCCAGUGGAAGGAAGAGGGCAAGGACUACGCCGGCUUCCACUCUGUGCUGAGUGUGCUGAGCUACAUGCUCAAGGCGCCUCUCACGCCUCCUGGCACGCCUGUGGUCAAUGCCCUGGCGAAGCAGCGCUCUGCCUUGACCAACAUCUUCCGUGCCUGCGUUGGGCUGGAGCCGGAGAGCGACAUGACGCUCGAGCACAAGCUCUUCUGAGCUGGGCGGGGGCAUGUGCUGCGGUGACGAGACAUGGGGUAGAUGGGCAUGUAGGUGCUGUGGUGACAAGACAUGGGGUGGAUUGAGGACGCACGCUGUAACCAACUAUACACGCUCAUUGAUGCAAUACAAGUAACUUGCCAUGCAUGAAUUCCGUC